AAAUUCAAUACAUAUCCUUUCCAUUUCUGUUCGUAUUUUAAUAUAUUGGUGCUAUUUUCAUAAAUAAAUUCUCAUGAUUUGACACUUCACAUUCACUUCGUCAUCUUUAUGAGAUUAUUCGUAUUCAUUGUUUGGCAGAAUCAGUUUAGAAACAUUAUUUUGUGUAAAAAUGCACCUUCUGUUGAUUGUCAAACGUUACAUUACACGGAUACAUUUCUUGUUUUGAUUUUGUGGGUUUACUGACCUACAUCAGCUUUGGUGAAUCUGGCCAAUGUGUUGGCUUUCCUUUAUUUUCGUUGCUCUUAAUUGCAGCAGGAAAAGGGAACUCAAUUCGAUUCGAGGGUUAUGCAACGUAUCAAAAGUAAUUCAAAACAUUUCUCAAUACAUGGUUACGAUCGCAGUAUAUUUUCAUUUGACUCAGUAUGUGGGAAGGUGAUUUAUUUUGAACAGCUUCAAAUAAAAAAUGUACAAGUGGAAGAAAUACAAAUAGUCAAUUUUCCUUGAUCAUGGCAGAUAUUUGCAACAUGACGAGGAAACCAAGAACGAGACAGACUAGAAUACAUGCAGCCCUUCAGUCAGGUUAUUGUGCGAUCUGCCAUUUACCCUACAAUAGUUUAGACGACCAUAUACAAUCUAAAAAACAUCUUAAACUAAUUGGAGAGGACGCAAAUUACAUUUCGAUAAAUGGUUUCAUCGACCAAAACAGCUUGGAACCUUUCUUAAAUUUAAAUGGUAUAGAAUCUAUUGAUGUGAAUGGGAGACAGGUUGAGAAGGAUUUUUGUCCAAGAUCAACAAGAAAUAACAGAAAUAGAGGGAUGUCCAUGGAAAGAAUAACUUCAUCCCCAAUGGAUUCUCCAAUUCACCAUCAUUUACGAUCUAGGAAACAGAUAAAUUAUGCAAUGAGUCCAUCUAUGGAUGAAGACAGUUUUAGUGAGAGGCCUGAUCUUCUUGUUGGAAGAUCGGUUAAACAGAGAAAAUCUCAUAGGCAGAUCGCUAUGAAGAAAACACAAGACUCACAAGAACAACAACCAGAGGUUUGGAAUUCAGGUCGCCCAAAAAGGAGAUCAUGUAUAAAAUCAAAAAGGGUUUCAGCUGAUGAAAGGCUGGUUGUGGACAAUAAAACAUACUACAAAGUUGAAGUUAUGACCACUAAAUUACGUUCAAGUACAACCAAGGAGCAUCAUGAGGUCAAGCCGACUACAGAAUCACAAGAAGACGAGAGAGAUGAGAAAGGAUUAAUCGUUAAAUUUAAGAAACUGAGAAAUUCAGAGAUUACUCUUCUAAACAACGAAGCGGAAAAUUUUCUCUUUCCAAAAAAAGAUGGCUCCAGUUCUUCAGAGGGAGAAGAAGAAGACGAGGAGGAGGAUAUAGAUGCAGAUGGUGCUAACACGACAGUGAGCAGCUGUGAAGGGAGGAAUGAUACUUACAUACCUUCCAGUGAUAAUGAAGAAGAUAAAACAAAUGAUAAUUUCAAAACGGAAGACGAAGCUUCUAUGGAUAGUACAACAUCUAGUGGAAAGUCGAAAAAAAGGAGAAGAACACAUGCAGAAGCUUUUAUUAUGGAUAACGAGAAGUAUUAUAAAUUCGAAACUCCUGGAUCAAGACUGAGGUAUCAUGGAUCAUUUUUCUCUGAACCAAACCUGAAGUCUCCAAAACGCAAUGGAGAUAUGGAUGUUAAAGAGACAAAGAAAGAGGUUGAGGAAUCAACGAACAAAAAUAGGAAUGUGGACUUGAACAACUAUAAAUUUUCUUUCGAAAUGAUACCCAGUGGUGAGAAGUGGUUCGCGCCAUUUAGAAGGCAAGAUCUGGGGGAAGAAAGCUAUAUGUACCUUUCUGAUGUUGGUUCGGAAAACCAAUUCAUAAUGCCCUACCAAAUAAGCUCCAUACCCCCCUUGGAUCCUAAAAUUUGCAUCGCUCAAUAUUCCCAGUUGAAAAAAAUGGUUCAAGAACAGAGCUCAAGGACAUCGUGCAGUACGCCGGACAGGAGUGAUACGAAUUAUACACCCUCUCUAGACAAUGAACCGAUGGACGAAGAUAGUAAAUCUAGCGAACCCUCCAACAGUAUUGAAUUUUGCUCGGAAAAUAGUAAUAUGGAAGAGUCUAAAUGUGCGGAUGAGAAAGUUCACAAAAAGAGAAAAAUGCAUGUGGGGAGAAACCCAAGAAAAUCACCAAGACAACAUGCCUCAACAUUAGCAAUAUUGAGUAGUUUGAUUCAGCAAAGGAAGAAAAAGUUAAAAGGAACCGAACCUCCUAACGCCAACCCUGUAAUUAAUAAGUCAACAGCUUUACCAGUAAUUCCCGAAGAAUGUCCAGUUCCUACAAAAGUGUCCCCAUCGAAUUACGAAGACAUUUUAGUCAGUAUGAAUCAAGAAUGGGAUUCUGAAAAACUGUGUGACGAUUUGGAUCUGUCCCCCGACGACACAGUAGAGUUUUCGCAUAAGUUAGGAAUCUUAGACGUGUUAAGAAUAUACGACGAUUUACGGAAAAGAGACGAUUAUAGGAGCAAUCGAAGGUUUAUUAGUGGUUCGCCAGUGAAUAAAAGCGGUCGUAGAAAAAAAAUCAACAAAACGGGUUGGCCGAACAGAAAGAAAGGCUUGAAUAAAAAAGACACUAACGUGAAAGAAGAAACAAGUUCGGUGGGGAGUGUGAACGAUUCGGAGGAAGAACCUAACACGACUGUUUGUGAAAGUGAAAAAAAAUUAGGUAAUGAUGUAAAUACGGAUUGUGUUUCAAACAGGGUACAAGUGGAAAAUAAUGUAAAAACUCCAAGAAGUGCGAACAAAGUGAAAGUUAGCAUCGGUAGUAAAAACAUUAAUUUGCAACCUUUUGUGAAAGUUAAAAAACUGGAUUCGAAACUUACUGCGAAUAAGGAGGACGUGCAUGUACCUUCAAAAAAGACUAAUAAACGAAGGAUGCCUGCAUCUCCUAAAUCACCUCGGAUGUUGAGGAAACCCAGGGGUAGGUGGUACAAAGAAAGAUAAAUGUAAUUUUUGUCUUAAUGAGUUAUUUAUUUGGAAUGUUUUCCAAGUGACUUUUGGGUUAUUUCAUCAACUUUAAUUGUUGAAAGUUAACAAUAAUUAUGGUUUUAUAAGAUUAUUCUGAACAAGUUUUAUUGUCAUUAAUCUUCAGAGGAAAAACUUUUUUGAUUGGUUCAAAAUAUGCACUUUUUAGAACUGAACAAGUUCUGUAAAUUGAAAACAUAAAAUUAUUGUAUUUUUUGGCCUUUUUCUCCUUUUCACGCUUUUCAUGACUAAACAUAUCAUCAAAAAGUGGGUACUUGUACCCAUACGAAAGCAGCUGCUUCAACAGGCUGAAGAUAUUGACAACAUUACAUAGAAUUCUCUAAUUAUAUAAGUUGUUGAAAAUAAAAUUUAUUUAUGUAUGAGAAAAGAUACUAAGUUGUUCUGUGCCAUAAUUUUUUUUUAUUUAUUAAUCUAGUUUUUUCCCAACAAUUAGUGAAUGAACGAAAUGAUUUUCAACAAUUAAGUUGGUGAAAAUUCACAGCUUUAAUGGACUAUCUUCUGUUAUGAAAAAUAAAUAUUAAAUAGGUAUUUGAUUGUUCAGUUCUAUUUGAAUAUUUAUUUUUCAUCAAGAGGAGGCAAAUCAUUUUCUUGAGUGUGCUCAAAAAUUUGAUCAUCCUGUUUUAAGUAUGAGAAAAGAUAUGGUUUUAAAUUUUGGGUUUUUUCUAUUCUUUUUUCGCUAAAUAUGUAUGUGAGAUUUCUCGCUUCCUAUGUUGCUGUGAUCUGGUACAUUCUCAAAUUAUUUCUUGGACAAACAGUGUUGUAGUCCACAACUUGUACUGAUGUAACUGAAUAUUUGUGAUAGAUUAUUGGAAUUUUGGAUAUUUAUUUCAUUUCUUUGUGAACUGAAGAUUACUUUUGGAAAGCAUGUAACUUUUGCAUUUUUGUUUUUAUUUUCAAUGAAAAUCAAUUUCAUAGAAAUUAUUUUCUGAAACCAUAUCAAGUGUUUGCGGCGGAAUUCUCAAGAAAAUUGUAAUAUUGAUUUGUACCAAAAUUUGUAAGAUAAUAUAUAUUUUUAAUAUAUUAGUAUUGUCAAAUCUGAGUGUAAAUAUUAAUGAUUAUUAUUAAUCAAUUGAAUUUGAAGAUUUGAUCCUUUGAAAUUGGAAGUUGUUUAUUUUUACCAUUAAAUUGAAUUGAUUAUUCCUAUAUUUA